AUGGAUUCUAGCGGGAAUAUUAUCUUCUUUGGGGACACCACCCUACCAAUCAUAUCCUCUUUGUCACAAUUACUUGAAGCCCAGGCAAGGGAUUCUUUACUUGGACGUUUCCUUUCGUUGUCCGAAGAAGUACUACGGGAAAGUAUCGGUCACUUCCCGCAGGAUGUGCAACAAGAUGCUCUGCGAUUCACUCGGCUGUCCGAUAUUGUGGAUGCCGAAGAUAGCGGGUCUCCAGCUCUUCGUGUCUUGUCACCAGCACUUUUGGUGAUUGUACAAUUGGGUCAUUUUGUAGGAUGGUAUGAGAAUCAUCCAGAAUGCGAAUUCCCUUCUGUCAACAAUAGUGUUUCCAUCGGACUCUGCGUAGGCCAGCUAUCCGCGGUUGCAGUCAGUUUAGCGAGAAACCUCCAUGGACUUAUCCCUAUAGCUGUUGAUACAGUCCGACUUGCGGUACGAUUGGGGUCGUUGGUUUUCACUGUGGGUGGAGACUUGGAAGCUCAGGGAGGCAAAGAUUCGUGGGCACUCUUGAUUGAGAAAGAUGUUUUGCCUAUGGAUGGACUGUUCUCAAUACUCGGGAAAUGGGCAGAAUCUAAUCGGAAGCGACCCUAUAUCACAGCAGACUUCGAUAGCACUGUCACUGUUCAAGGACCUCCCACAACACUAGUUUCUGCCAAGAAGCUAAUCUCUGAGUUUCUGAAUUCAACACAGUCAAAUCGUGAGGGUCGCCAUAUUCCCAUAUUUGCACCCUAUCAUGCCUCUCAUCUUUACAGCGAGCGCGAUUUUGCCAAACUGGUCGAGGGAAUAGCUAGCUUUGACGAAACCCCGGGACUCAACAAGGAGUUGAAGCUUAGCUCUGCACUGUUGUCUCCAUAUUCGGGCUGUCCAGUCGGCGGCAAAAGCCCACCAGAUAUCUUGCAUGAUGUUUUGCAGGACCUGUUGGCUCGACCUAUCAAAUGGUCUGAUCUCAUGAAAGGGACGGCUUCGUACCUGACUUCAUUGAAUGUCACAAAAUAUGACAUUCAUUGCUUUGGUCCAGUCCAUUCUCACAAAUUGUUUGCCUCGACCAUGCAAAACUUACUUCAGUCAAAGGUUGAACUCUGCGACACAACGACUCAAAGUUACGGAGAAUCAUCAAGGAGGGCUUCGAAUAUUCCAAUCGCAGUUAUUGGGAUGUCGGGUCGCUUCCCGGACGCCAAUAGCGUGGACGAGCUUUGGAGAAUCCUUGCUGAUGGCGUUGAUUGUCACAAAGUGAUACCAAGUGAUCGGUUCAGUCCAUCAACGUAUGUCUCAAAGGACGGAAAAGACAAGAAUAAAAGUGCAACAGAGUACGGAAACUUCAUGAAAGACGCGGGGAACUUUGACGCACGAUUUUUCAACAUGUCUCCUCGAGAGGCUAUGCAGACAGACCCUCAGCAGAGACUUGCCUUGGUCACAGCGUACGAAGCAUUGGAGGCUGCUGGCUAUGUACCAGGUCAAACACCAACAACGCAGAUGGAAAGGAUCGGAAGUUUCUAUGGACAGACAACCGACGACUACAAAGACGUGAAUGUAGUGCAGGAAAUUGACACCUACUAUGUCUCUGGGGUAAUUCGUGCAUUCGGACCUGGACGAGUCUCUCGUGCAAACCAGCUAGGUGGACCUAGUGUGAGUGUUGACACCGCUUGCGCAUCUAGUGCCACGGCCCUCAAUCUUGCCUGCACAUCAAUCUGGAGUAAUGAGUGUGACAUGGCCGUUGUUGGGGGAAUGAUGCUUCUCAACAGCCCGGACAUGUAUGCAGGUCUCUCGCGUGGACAUUUCGUCUCUAGUGAUGGGCCUUGCAAAACCUUCGACGACGAGGCAGACGGCUACUGUCGUGGAGAGACAGUUGCUACCAUAGUCCUGAAACGUCUUGAUGCUGCCAAGGCAGACAAUGACAAUGUUCUCGGGGUGAUACUAGCAGCGGGCACAAACUACUCGGCCUACGCAGCGUCUAUCACACAGCCCCACGCUGGGGCCCAAGAAUCUCUUUUCCGCAAGGUGCUUCGGGAGGCUGCAGUUAAGCCUACAGAUAUUGACUAUGUGGAGUUGCAUGGAACGGGAACUCAACUUGGCGACUCAACCGAAAUGGCAUCAGUGCUGAAUGUCCUCGCUCCAAACCACUCACGUCGACCGCCUGAGAGGCCGUUGUAUGUCGGGUCAAUUAAACCAAACAUUGGGCACGGAGAAUCCGCCUCUGGCAUCUCGGCCUUGAUCAAAGCACUUUUGCUGUUUAAGACAUCGCAAAUUCCACCCCAUAUUGGAAUCAGGAGUGGUCGACUGAACCGAAACUUUCCGUCUUUGGAGGAACGGAACGUGAAGAUUGCGAAGACGCUCACUGACUUCCCAUCUAACCCUGCCCGAAAGCGUAGGAUUUUGAUCAAUAACUUCGGUGCUGCCGGAGGAAAUUCUAGCUUUGUUCUCGAAGAAGGCGAGUCUUCUCACCAUCGAGAUCUUGAGCUCGCGACUCCUGUGCACGACCAUGUCAUCAGUGUGACUGCCAAAUCAAUCACAUCACUUCACAGAAAUUUAGAAAAUUUGGUUGCUUUUCUUGGGGAAUAUCCCAGUACGGACAUGAGAGAUCUCGCCUACUCCACUACUGCACGCAAAGUGCAGCACCCACUGCGUGUCUCAGUUAUCGCAUCAACCUCCUCUGAAGCCAAGCGUCAAUUAUCAGCGAGAAUCAACAAGAAAGAUAUUGGAUCAUCGGUUGGACUGUCCAAACUGAUCGUUGUUUUCACUGGACAGGGGUCUCUCUAUACGGGCGUGGCGAAACAGCUAUUCGAAGCCAAUCCAGUAUUCAGAUCUCACUUGUCUAGACUGGAGCGGAUUGCCACAGACCAUGGGUUUCCUUCAUUCGUUGAUGCCGUCAUCGAAAGUGGUGAUGACAUCCAUAAGCUACAGCCAGUACAGUCACAGUUGGGACAAGUCGCCUUGCAGAUGGCACUUUUCACUCUGUGGUCUUCGUGGAAUAUCAAGCCCUCGGCUGUCAUAGGCCAUAGCCUGGGGGAGUACGCCGCCUUCUAUGCAGCUGGAGUCUUGUCAGCGAGUGACACGUUGUAUUUGGUUGGUCGGCGCGCAACUUUGCUACAAAGCCUGUGUGAAUCUUCGACGCAUGGUAUGCUGGCUGUAAAUCGAGGUCUGGACCACAUCCGAGGUAUUCUUGCCGAUAAUUUCAAUCAUUUGGAGGUCUCCUGCCACAAUGGGCCGACAGAUGUGGUGAUCAGCGGUCCGAUCGCAACUGUUCAUGAAGCGGAACGAGCCUUGAAAGCCCAUGAUAUACGAUGCACCCUUCUUAACGUCCCUUUUGCUUUCCAUUCUUCCCAGGUUGAGCCAAUACUAGCCCCCUUCGAGAAUGAAACAAGCAGUGUCUCUUUCCAUGCACCUCAGAUUCCAAUUCUGUCUACCUUGAUGGGAAGCAAGUUGACCAAUCUCGAUGACCUCGGACCGUCCUACCUAGCGCGCCAUGCGCGAGAGCCAGUCCAAUUUGUGCAAGCAGUCAAAUCGGGGCUUUCAGAGAACUUAAUUGCUUCGGACUCCGUUUUCCUUGAGAUUGGCCCCCACCCUAUCUGUCUCAGCAUGAUCGCUUCCUCUCUACAGUCUACAUCACGACUCCUCCCAACGCUUCACAGGAAGGAACCUCCACUGUCGACUAUUUGCAGGACCCUGGCGACCUUGAGUGAAGGUGGGCUUUCCAUCCACUGGAGAAACUAUCACAAUAGCUUUGAGGGCGCCCCAAAGCUUCUUAGCCUUCCAACAUACGCAUUUGAUGAGAAAAAGUAUUGGAUCGAGUAUCGCAACGACUGGCUUCUGCAACGGCACGGCAACAGCGGUCCCCUGCAGGCAACUCAAAGUACGCCGAAGAUGACAACAACUGUCCAAAAAGUUGUGUCUUCAACCACAGACGGUCCAUUUGUGUCUGCUGUGUUUGAGUCAGAUUUCACCGAUCCAGCACUACACCGGUUAGUUGCAGGCCAUGUUCUCAAUGGGAUUGCGUUAUGUCCAUCGGGUGUUUUUGUGGAUAUUGCCCUCACUGUGGCGGACUAUCUUCGAAGAAACUUCACAUUCGACGGCCCAGUCUCUGGUAUAAAGGUCAUUAACUUGCAUAUGACAAAGCCCAUCACAAUGCCUGUGGAGAUACCAGAAACCCCUCGAAUGUUUCGAAUCACCUCACGCGCGAACACUCAAAAAAGAAUUAUCACUCUGCAAGUGGGGACAAAGAGCGAACGAGAUCAAGACAUUGAGGCUCAUGCUUCCUGUGAAAUGGAGCUUGGAGAUAGCGCUUCAUGGGUGAAAAAGUGGAACAAAACUUCAUACCUGCUAUUGGAGAGGAUUUCCCACCUCGAAGACGGCGUUCUCAGGGGGAAUUCGAGUCGCAUCUCCCAUGACAUGAUUUACAACCUCUUUUCCACCGUGGUACAUUAUGAUCGGCGGUAUCAAGGGAUGAAAGAAGUCAUCAUCGACGCAGAUAAGCUGGAAGCUGUUGUUUCACUUUCUCUGAACCAAGAUCAGGAUGUGGGAACUUUCUUCUGCUCUCCCCUGUGGCUUGACAACCUCGCUCAGAUUGCCGGCUUCGUCAUGAAUGCCAUUGGGAAGGUCAACCCCAGGGAAUACACCUACAUCUCCCAUGGCAUUGGCUCAUAUGAGAUUGGCGAAGAUCUUCGCUCGGAUCUCUCAUAUAAGGCUCAUGUGAGAAUGCUGCCUGAGACGGGCACGGUCUUCGCGGGUAAUGUCUCGAUCUUCCAAGGGCAACGCAUGAUUGCCCACUGUGGGGAAGUCAAAUUUCAAAGAGUGCCCCGCGCCAUGUUAGAGAAGAUUCUUUCAUCUCCGGCCGACAACCAGUCGCCUUCGUCUCGACCUUCAAAAAUUCCCUUCAAAGCUCUCCGACCGCAAAGCAAACGCAAUACUCCGCCUCCGAGCGAGAUAAAUACACGAUCCAUCAUCGAUGAUGUCAAGGAACUGCUUGCAAGGCAAAUUGGUGUUCCUCCUGAAGAGUUGACAGAAAAAAGCAGCUUUCAGGAGCUAGGUGUCGACUCCCUGCUAUCCAUGACGAUCUUGUCUCAGAUUCAGGAGGUCUUUCAAAUCCAUUUGCCAGCAUCUACGUUCACUGAUGUGUCCACCUUUGGUGACUUGAGAGGCUACAUACUCAAAUAUCUGCCAGAUCAAUCACCUGGCCCUCCCACACCUGGCUCGGAGAGUGGCGACUCUAUGAUUUCUUCCGCAUCGACUAGGUCUCAAGAUUUCCCAAACACCCCACCCGAUACACGUCUCUCAGAAGUUUACUCCAUCAUUGCGAGCGAGAUGGGUGUAGACGUGGAAGAAAUUCUAGCCGCAGACGACCUAUCUUCACUUGGCCUAGAUUCUAUGAUGGCAAUCUCCAUCGUGGGGGCACUGAGCGAUAGGAUUGGAAUUGAGGUUCCUUCAGGGUUUUUUGAUGCCUCUUCGGCCAAGGAGCUUCACAGCUCCCUAAAUCAACUCUUUGGAGCUCCAAAGCUGGAAUCGCCGAGGGAUACUCAAGGUCCGCAGCAUAAGAAGGGCCCGUCUCGGUCACUUCCGGAUUCUAUAACUCUUCAAGGUGAAAGUCACUCAACUAGUAAGACGCUUUUUCUCUUCCCUGACGGGAGUGGUCUUGCCACAGCAUACGCUAAGCUCCCUCGAAUUUCAAGGAAUCUUCGAGUCUGUGGAUUAAAUAGUCCCUUGCUACGGAAAAACAGCUCCGAGCCCACAGACAUUCCAGCUACUGCCUCCAGAAUGCUUGAAGUUGUCCGGCGGAUUCAACCUCACGGUCCUUAUAUCUUGGGUGGCUGGUCAGCGGGUGGCAUGUACGCAUUUGAAGCGGCUCGUCAAAUCCUCGAGGCUGGAGAGCAAGUAGCUUCACUGAUACUUAUUGACUCACCUUGCCGCUUACUAUACGGAGCAAUGCCUCGUUCGCUGCUGGAACUGUUGUCGGAGAAUUUGGCCUUGGGAAGUGAGAUUAAACAGCACUUCCUGCAAACUAUUGUGGCUGUCGAUGGAUAUACCCCACUUCCAUUGAAGAAGGACCCUUUUAUGCGAGUGUCAAUAAUCUGGGCAAAAGAUGGUCUUGAAAACACGAUGGCAUCUGUACUAGAGGCCACAGGCUUGAACUAUGAUGAGGCCAUUGUGGAGUGGCUUCUACGACGGGAUGGCCCCUUGGAUGCAAUGGGUUGGGAUAAGCUUUUACCUCACUUUGAUCUGGAUAUCAGGGCAACAGAAGGCAAUCACUUUACCAUGAUCCAAGGUCCAAAUGCAAACGGUCUCAGUUACGCGAUAUCAUGUGCCUUACAGAUGUCUUGA